AUGACCGACUCGGGGAAUAAGGCACAAGUACAUACUCCGUCAGGCUCCGAUGUUUCCGUUUCAUCGAGAAUCCCAAAUCCAUCACCCAGUAAUCCCAUUGUCGACACUAUUGAUGGUAACUCUGAGUGUGGUGAUAUGCAAAUCAGCAAGUCGGAAUCUCACUAUGUUGGGAAUAAUCACUGGGCGACCAUUCUCGAUGGAAUCGCGGAUCUCAAAGACCAUCUCAAUCGUGAUGAGCAGUUCAGCCUCGCAAAUACCCGGUCGGAUUUUGACAUUUAUGAGCAUGGUAACCCUUUGGCUCGCCCUAGGUCUGGGUAUACGCUUCUGCUGUAUGGAGGGCACCGGUUAGGCUCAAAGGAAGAGAUUCUCGCAGGGUUGCCCCCGAGGUCUGCCGUGGAUCGAUAUAUCUCUCGGUAUUUCAACUACCUCGACCUGGUUUCCUCUUCUGCGGUGCAUGGACCAAGCUUUCUAUGUGAGUACGAGGCAUUUUGGGGGAAUCCGUCGGGCGCGCCUCUUAUGUGGAUCGGUCUUCUCUUCAGCAUGAUUUGUCUCGCGUGCCUUACCUCCGAUGUCAUAUCCGAACCGGAUGCCGAGGAUAAAUCCCUCCAAGUCGACCUUUAUCGCGAGAAAGUUGUGCAAUGUUUGACGCUAGGGGAAUAUACACGGGCAGGGUCUUACGUCUUGGAGACAGUCAUAAACUACACAUAUGCCAAAUUCUGCAUUCGAACCGACGCCGAUAAGGACAUCUGGUUUCUACUGGCCCUGGAGGUCAAUUUGGCGAUGCGAAUGGGCUACCACCGUGACCCAAACCACUUCUCCGGGAUCUCACCCUUUCAAGGCGAAAUGCGUCGUCGACUUUGGGCAACAGUUCUAAUGGGGGAUAUACUCAUCUCUAAUCAAAUGGGCAUGCCGCGAAUGAUCUCUGACACCAAAUGGGAUACUUCAGAACCACGAAAUUUGAAUGACACAGAUUUCGACGAACAAUCGACCGAGUUGCCUCUCUCUCCCCCCUCACAGAAUAUACAAACUCCCUUGGAAUCAUCGCACGAAGGCGGAUUCUCGCGGCACUUGGGGCUGUGA